AUGCUCCCACCCCUGAUGGAAUGGAUACGAGUAGCUGUGGCUCAUGCCGGAUAUCGCCGAAGUUUUUCUGUGGAUAGCGAUGAUGUACGACAGGCCGCACGUCUCCUGCUUCCAGGAGUGGACUGUGAGCCACGGCAGCUAAAGGCUGACGACUGUUUUUGUGCAUCUCGCAAACUUGACGCAGUGGCCACAGAAGCUAAGUUUAAACAAGACCUUGGAUUUAGAAUGUUGAACUGUGGCAGGACGGAUUUAGUCAAGCAAGCUGUGACUCUCCUCGGUCCUGAGGGAAUAAAUAGCAUGAGUGAGCAAGGAAUGACCCCACUGAUGUACGCUUGCGUGAGAGGUGAUGAAGCGAUGGUGCAGAUGUUACUAGACGCUGGGGCGGAGCUCAAUGUCGAGGUCCCAAGCACGGCACAUAAAUUCCCAUCUGUCCACCCAGAAACACGUCACUGGACUGCCCUGACAUUUGCAGUCCUUCAAGGUCACAUUCCUGUUGUACAGUUACUUUUAGAUGCAGGUGCCAAUGUAGAAGGAUCUUUAGAAGCUGGGGAAGAAAAUUACUCAGAAACUCCAUUACAGUUGGCGGCUGCAGCAGGAAACUUUGAGCUUGUAAGUUUGCUGCUGGAACGAGGAGGCGAUCCGAUGAUAGGAACUAUGUACAGAAAUGGCAUUUCUUCAGCCCCUCAAGGAGACAUGAACUCUUUUAGCCAGGCUGCUGCACAUGGGCACAGGAAUGUAUUUCGUAAGCUGCUUUCCCAGCCUGAAAAGGAGAAGAGUGAUAUCUUAUCUCUGGAGGAGAUUCUAGCGGAAGGAUCGGAUUUGGCUGAGACAGCAAACACUCCAUUGUGUCCAAGCCGGAACAGCAAAGCCAAGCUGAAGGCCCUGAAGGAGGCCAUGUACCACAGUGCGGAACAUGGAUAUGUGGACGUAACCAUUGAUAUCAGGAGUUUGGGUGUCCCUUGGACUCUUCACACAUGGCUGGAAUCUCUACGCAUUUCUUUCCACCAGCACAGACGUCCACUAAUUCAGUGUUUGCUUAAAGAGUUCAAGUCUAUUCAGGAGGAGGAAUACACAGAAGAACUAGUGACACAAGGGCUGCCUCUCAUGUUUGAGAUAUUAAAAGCUAGCAAGAACGAGGUGAUCAGUCAGCAGCUAGCUGUCAUCUUCAGUCAGUGCUAUGGACCAUACCCUAUCCCAAAGCUGAUAGAGAUAAAGCGCAAACAGACAUCAAGGCUGGAUCCUCAUUUUCUCAAUAACAAAGAGAUGUCAGACGUCACGUUUAUUGUUGAAGGAAGGCCUUUUUAUGCACACAAAGUGUUGUUGUUUACAGCAUCUCCAAGGUUUAAAGCACUUCUUACAAACAAGUCUACUGCAGAAAACAACUGUAUUGAGAUCAACUAUGUGAAGUAUCACAUCUUUCAGCUGGUCAUGCAGUACCUGUAUUACGGAGGCACAGAAUCACUUCUCAUUAAAAAUAAUGAAAUCAUGGAGCUGUUGUCAGCCAGUAAAUUUUUUCAACUAGAAGCUUUGCAACGCCACUGUGAAAUAAUCUGUGCGAAAAGCAUUAAUACAGAAAACUGUGUGGAUAUUUAUAACCAUGCCAAGUUCCUCGGUGUUCCUGAGCUCUCCUCGUACUGUGAAGGCUUCUUUUUGAAAAACAUGAUGCUUCUCAUCGAAAACGAAGCCUUUAAACAACUCUUGUAUGAUAAGAACUGUGAGACAACAGGCCAGGAUGUGCUAGGCGACUUACAAAGGACGUUGGCGACACGGAUACAGUCUAUUCAUCUGUCUUCUUCCAAAGGGUCUAUAGUAUAG